UCAUUAGUCAGCCAUUUUGGUCAACACCCUGCUUACUGCGCACAACCAAUCCUGUCAGAACUCAGCAUCCCGGCUCAUCUAAGCAGAUCCUGGAAGUGAUUCUGCAGUUCAGGAUUUUGUUAAAGCUAAAUUGAAAAUUUUGUUCAUUUUUUUUCCUUUUGUAUUUUUUUUUUCUGCACAAAGGAGGAGGAUUUUUCACUUACACAUGCAGAGGCCAGUUUUUUAAAACCAGCUAAGGCGGCAUCAGCUGUGCAGGAUUUAAAGCCUAUAGCCCAGCUGAAGAAGAAGGGGUAGGGGAGAGAAGAUAAAAGGAGUGAAGCUGAGAGAAGACAGCAUCAUUUUAUUUUGUUAUGUGGUAGAAACUGUCUAUGGGAAAAGAUAGUGUAGAAUUGUUUAUCUUGAACAGUUGGUUCUUAAACCAUAAGAUAUUUUUUCUUGUGUGUGUUCUUUUUUAACCUCCUGCACCCCUUGAGAGCUUUGUUCCAGAGCUUUGGAUUUGGGGGGUUUGGGGCGAGGAGGUUUUAUUUUUGUCGGGUGUGUGUGUGUGUGUGUGUGUGUGCGCGCGUGUGUGUGUGUUUGUGAGUGUGUUGUGGUCCCAGCUGAGUCAUCAUGUCUGCUUUGACGCCUCCAACUGAUAUGCCAACCCCCACCACUGACAAGAUCACACAGGCUGCCAUGGAGACCAUCUACCUUUGCAAAUUCCGAGUGUCUAUGGAUGGAGAAUGGCUCUGCCUGCGAGAGCUGGAUGACAUCUCACUUACGCCUGACCCAGAGCCUACCCAUGAAGACUCUUGGGAGGAUUUGACAGAUUUGGUGGAGCAAAUGCGUGAUGAUACAGAAGAUCCGAAUUAUCUCAUGGCUAAUGAACGCAUGAACCUGAUGAACAUGGCCAAGCUGAGUAUUAAGGGUUUGAUUGAAUCAGCUCUGAACCUGGGAAGAACACUGGACUCUGACUACGCACCUCUCCAGCAGUUCUUCGUGGUGAUGGAGCACUGCCUGAAACACGGCUUAAAAGCUAAGAAAACUUUCCUUGGACAAAAUAAAUCCUUCUGGGGGCCUCUAGAACUGGUAGAAAAGCUUGUUCCGGAAGCUGCAGAGAUAACAGCAAGUGUUAAAGAUCUUCCUGGACUUAAGACACCAGUAGGCAGAGGAAGAGCCUGGCUUCGAUUGGCAUUAAUGCAAAAGAAACUUUCAGAAUAUAUGAAAGCUUUGAUCAAUAAAAAGGAACUUCUCAGCGAAUUCUAUGAACCAAAUGCGCUCAUGAUGGAAGAAGAAGGAGCCAUAAUUGCUGGUCUUUUGGUGGGUCUGAAUGUCAUUGAUGCCAAUUUCUGUAUGAAAGGAGAAGAUUUGGACUCUCAGGUUGGAGUUAUAGACUUUUCAAUGUACCUCAAGGAUGGGAACAGCAGUAAAGGUAGUGAAGGAGAUGGCCAGAUUACUGCAAUUCUGGAUCAGAAAAACUAUGUAGAAGAACUCAACAGACAUCUGAAUGCUACUGUAAACAACCUUCAGGCAAAAGUGGAUGCACUAGAAAAAUCGAACACUAAACUGACAGAGGAACUUGCAGUUGCAAACAAUAGGAUUAUUACCUUGCAAGAAGAAAUGGAGCGAGUUAAAGAGGAAAGCUCCUACAUACUGGAAUCCAAUCGGAAGGCUCCUAAGCAAGACAGAACUUCAGAAGGGCAAGCACUAAGUGAAGCAAGAAAGCAUUUAAAGGAGGAGACACAAUUGCGACUGGAUGUUGAGAAAGAACUGGAGAUCCAGAUCAGCAUGAGGCAGGAGAUGGAGCUGGCCAUGAAGAUGCUGGAGAAGGACGUCUGCGAGAAGCAGGAUGCCCUGGUGUGUCUGCGGCAGCAGCUGGAUGACCUCAGGGCUCUCAAACAUGAACUUGCCUUUAAGCUGCAGAGUUCAGACUUAGGAGUAAAACAGAAAAGUGAACUAAACAGUCGCUUGGAAGAGAAGACCAAUCAGAUGGCUGCUACCAUUAAACAACUUGAACAAAGUGAAAAGGAUUUGGUGAAACAGGCAAAGGCCUUAAAUAGUGCAGCAAAUAAAUUGAUCCCCAAACAUCAUUAGGCACUUUGCAGCAUGUCACAACAGAAUUGUAAAAGGAAGAAAUCUGAAAGCUAUUACAUUUGGGCUCUGAUUCAUAUAAAACAUCACCAAAAAUUGACUUUGAAUUUAUUGGACUUUUAAAAAAAACACACAAUUUGAUAUAUAGGCUGUGUUUUUUCUUCUUUACUUUCUCCCCAGAGUUAGAAAAUUUAGUGUAAGUUCUCAAUUAAAUGCCAAAUAAACUUCAAGAAAUUACUUCUGAGUUGACCAAUAAAUAAAUAUUCCAUUUAAAAAAGAAGCCCAGGGAAUUGAAGCUUUGUACACAUAUUAUUGAUGCUUUGCAACCCAGUACCUGACAAUAUCAGAUUCUAGAUGCAUUGUCUAUAUCAACGAGCCUGUUCUACCACUGCGAUGUAAUGAACUAGAGGUGACUAUGGGCCUGGACUCUUCUAAAGUAGUUCUGUGUCUCUUAGGCCAUGACCCCUUUUCACUUUUGUUAUGUAGAUUUAAUCCCCAAGCCAGGAUAAGUCUUAGUAUUUUACUGCAGUUCUAUUCUCUGUAACCAAUAUUGCUUGCAACUUUUUUGCCUUAGUGACUUCCUGGGGUGGGGAAAACAGCAUCCUUACAUUUCUAUAAAGUACAUAGAGAUAAAAUUAGUGAUUAGGUAAUUUAUAAUAACAUAAUAAUGUGGAAGCUUGGAAAAACCCUCCUAAUAUUUGUCAUCUUCUACCUCUGCCAUUUUCUUGCAAUUCCACUCCCUCUUUAGGUAGUUCAGAGAGAGCAAUUUUAAUAAAAAUACUCCCCUCCUAUGAAAAAAUACACUACACAUAUUUUAAAUCCUGCUUUUCCUUUUGGAGUAAAGACAACCAGGUAUUGACACGAGUGGUGGUUUCCUGCCUGUUAUUCCAUGCUAGAAACAUUUUCCUAAGAGUUUCUGUUAUUUUUUGUUUAGAUGAGGAUUUGCCAAAGUUUCUAGGAAACUAACAAUCUAAUUAUUAGGAAAUCAUUCCAGAGUGGGAAAUAGAUAAAUGAUAAAAACAAUCUUUAUUAUUUAGUCUAAAAAUAAAGAUUCCCAAUAGGUGUCCACAAACAAUAAGAAGCAGGGCUUAUUUCUCUAAGUGACCACAGAUUUAACCCUUUCUGGAUUCCACAUUGUAAAUAAUCCAAAUAAUGUAAUUUUUUAAAAAAUGGCUUUUGAAUUUUGGGGGACAGGCUAAAUAAGCCUUUAUCCCUUCAAAAAGUCAUGGCAAAUGUUUUGUUUUGUUUUUUUCAUUCUAUUAUUGCAGCAUUUCAGCUGCUUAGGUUGGGACAAAAAUAAUCCCUUUGCUUCCUGCUCCUGAAAUUCAUACCUUCCUGGAAAAAAAAAAAAAAACAGAAUUAAGAGAGUAAGCUAGAUUUCAUUUAUGCUUUUACAGGUCCUUGUAGACUUGAACCAAAGUCAAAUCAAAGAGCACAGGAGCAACCCUCAUGGAAGAUCCUGUGCUCUUCAACUCACUUUAUUUCUUAUAAUUUUGCACCUAUUUUUAUCUUCAUCAAACUUUUGUGGUAAAUUGCCUUUUCUAUGAGCAUUCAGGAGUGUUCAAACACCAAAAUAAAACAAUUUUAGAGACUACACAUAGUAUGCUUCCAAAUUCUAUUUUAUAGGGCCCUGGAUAUUUCACCUCUUAGAACAUGCUUCUUUAUAGGUGCAAAGUUAUAGAAUAUAUGGAAGAAAACAUUCAUCAGAAUCUCCCAGAGAAUCUGGUCAGGAAUUCUGUGCAGGCCCAGGGCUGAAUUGCUUAUCCAAUUACACACCACUUGGCAGGAAUAGAAAAGGAAAGAGAUGGCCAAAUUCUAACAAAGGCUUCUCCUUACAUAAUAACCCAAAGUCUGGGGAAGGGUUGAUAUAUAAUGUCCAAUGGUUUAAUACAAUUUGUGGGUUAGGGGAAGGACCAGGAAAAUGUUCCAGUUCCAUAUAUAAGAAGGUAGUUGCCCAUUUGCAAGUUCCAGUUGUGUGUAUAAAAUAAAUAAAAAGUACCAAACCAAUUAGGAAAUAAAAACAACCAAAAAAAGUGGAUUUAACUUUAAUUACUGUGUGCUUAAGGUUGGCUUUGGAUAUGGAUUUUCUAAACAGUGGUGUUUUGUUGUUCAUCAUCUAAUGGCUGUAAACUGUAGUACUAGAAUAAAAAAAAAAUGGAAA